AUAUUUCCCAGUCCACUGUUCGUCCAUCAGAACUCCUCCGCUCUCCGCUGUAUCGCUUUGUGUGCUAACAAAGGUACGUGUGAUGGCGUGACAUUUUCCUCGUCGACCACGGUUUGUAGGGGACAUUCUUUUGCCGAUGUGAACGAUGUACGUAAAGGUACGGCGUCACCGGAUACAAAGAUCUGGAUUAAUGCUGACUGUCGCCGUAUAGGCUACAGUUACAUUCCAUCACUAGACUGGUGUGUCAGUGUAGUACCGAUGAUUCUCCCGUCGUCUAAAAGUAUCGCUGAAAGUGUUUGUAAAUCACAACAGGCCAGACUUGUCCACGUGAACAGCAGGCAAAAACACGAAGAACUCAUCAAGAUGAUAUUACUUCCCUUGGUUCCAUUUUGGAUAUCCGGGUCUCAGUCCGGGGGAGUGUGGAAGAUGGACGAUGGGACCCCGCUGAGUACAGACUCGGACCUCUGGAGCUCCAUCCCGUCUGUCCCAUUCCUUAGUAACUGCAUGUGUUACUCAGGAAAUCUCUUCUGGCCUUGUCUCUGCAUCGGCAUCAGCGGAUAUAUAUGUGAAGAAAUUUAGUGAUGUUUAAAAUCAGCGGAUAUAUAUGUGACGAAAUUUAGAGAUAGUUUAAAAUCAGCGGAUAUAUAUAUGAAGAAAUUUAGCGAUACUUUAAAACGAAUUUUGAUACCUUAAAAAUUGAUCAAGUUACUUUUUGAUCACCGUUACUUUCUAUCCGUUACAUUAAGAUACGCCGAUUAUACUGGAAACAUAUACAAGGAAGAAUCAGGCCUCCACGUUUUGUCGCGUGUGCUGUGGGUUUUGUCUAAAUCAAUCGAAUUAAAAUCUACGUGGUCAUUCUCACUACGUUCAUAUAACGUAUUGAGAAUGACCAUCUAGAUUUUAAUUAAAUUGUGUCUAAAUAUAAUAGCUAAUGAAAUAUCAUGCUGCGACUUUAAUAUUUGAUAGUAACCAUAUUGUGUUAGACUGACUAUCUGACAAUAUAGCCAGUACAUUUACAUAUGAUGACUACUGGAUAGUGACAUUGUUUGUUAUGUAUUUGUUUAUCUAUGUUUGUAAAGCUGUACUAAUAAGGUCAUUGGCACCUGUAGGAGGAUAGUGUAUCUCCCGGUCCACUGACACCUGUAGGAGGAUAGUGUAUCUCCCGGUCCAUUGACACCUGUAGGAGGAUAGUGUAUCUCCCGGUCUAUUGACACCUGUAGGAGGAUAGUGUAUCUCCCGGUCCACUGACACCUGUAGGAGGAUAGUGUAUCUCCCGGUCCAUUGACCCCUGUAGGAGGAUAGUGUAUCUCCCGGUCUAUUGACACGUGUAGGAGGAUAGUGUAUCUCCCGGUCCAUUGACACCUGUAGGAGGAUAGUGUAUCUCCCGGUCCAUUGACACCUGUAGGAGGAUAGUGUAUAUCCCGGUCCACUGACACCUAUACGAGGAUAGUGUAUCUCCCGGUCUAUUGACACCUGUAGGAGGAUAGUGUAUCUCCCGGUCUAUUGACACCUGUAGGAGGAUAGUGUAUCUCCCGGUCUAUUGACACCUGUAGGAGGAUAGUGUAUCUCCCGGUCUAUUGACACCUGUAGGAGGAUAGUGUAUCUCCCGGUCUAUUGACACCUGUAGGAGGAUAGUGUAUCUCCCGGUCCAUUGACACCUGUAGGAGGAUAGUAUAUCUCCCGGUCUAUUGACACCUGUAGGAGGAUAGUGUAUAUCCCGGUCUAUUGACACCUGUAGGAGGAUAGUGUAUCUCCCGGUCCAUUGACACCUGUAGGAGGAGUGUAUCUCCCGGUCUAUUGACACCUGUAGGAGGAUAGUGUAUCUCCCGGUCCAUUGACACCUGUAGGAGGAUAGUGUAUCUCCCGGUCUAUUGACACCUGUAGGAGGAUAGUGUAUAUCCCGGUCCACUGACACCUGUAGGAGGAUAGUGUAUCUCCCGGUCCAUUGACACCUAUACGAGGAUAGUGUAUAUCCCGGUCUAUUGACACCUGUAGGAGGAUAUUGUAUCUCCCGGUCUAUUGACACCUGUAGGAGGAUAGUGUAUCUCCCGGUCCAUUGACACCUAUACGAGGAUAAUGUAUAUCCCGGUCUAUUGACACCUGUAGGAGGAUAUUGUAUCUCCCGGUCCAUUGACACCUGUAGGAGGAUAGUGUAUCUCCCGGUCCAUUGACAUCAGAAUGGACUAGGUCAACUUUCCUGGGCGUAAGAUUCAGAUUCUUUUUAAGUCCUUGUGAAACAAGACACAUUAGAGAGUAGACAUAUAUAUCGUCGCUUUCACAGGCGCUUGCAUAAA